UUUGACGAGCGAACCAGCUUUUAUAGAAAGCAAUGUGCUUCCGUCCCUCUUCCCUUCUUCCUCUUCUCUUCUCUGAAGCGGAAAAAGAAAAAGAAAAAGAACAAAGAGCAAAGAAAAUCAAAUCCAACACCCCACCCAAAUCCAGAUCCUCCGCCGCCGCCGCCGAGAUGAUGAUGGAUCGCCGGAGCGGACAAGGCGUCCGCAGCAGACAAGUCCUGGGCUGGGCUGCGUGCUGCCUCGGAUUCCUGCUCAAGCUGCUCGCCUUCCUUCAGGCCUUCGCCGCCGUCUCCGCCCUCCUCUACGCCGCGUGGAUCCUCUCCCGCUGGGCGCGCCACCACCAGCUCCACCUCCAGGAUCUCCUCCCCGGCCUCUGGUUUCCAUCCCUCGUCAUGGCGGCGGGCCUCUUCUACUGCCUCCUGCUCCUGGCGGGCUACCUGGCGGCUGAGAUCAGCAACGGAUGCUGCCUCUGCUUCUACACCAUCCCGGCCAUGGCAAUGAUGCUGCUCGAAGCUGCCCUCGCCGCCCACCUCACGGUCAACGAGCACUGGAUCCAGGACUUGCCAGAUGACCGCACCGGAGAGCUCCACAACCUGCUCUCCUUCAUCCACAAUAACCUCGACCUGUGCAAAUGGGUUGCGCUUGCCAUCUUCGCCACGCAGGCACUCUCACUGUUCCUGGCCAUGAUUUUACGAGCCAUGCUGUCUGCGCGGACCACGGGCUACGACAGCGAUGAAGACUUUGUAGUCAUAAGGAGACCACUCCUCCUUGCCCAAGCUCCUCCACCUUAUCUUCCCACCACGGUUGAUACCAGAGGUUUCCGUCCAGACCUCUGGAGCUCAAGAAUGAGACAGAAGUAUGGGUUGAACACAAGUGACUACACCUACAACACACUGGAUGCAAAUGCUGCACGGCCUCAGUGAGCGGAAAAGUCACGGGACAGACGAAGAAGCAUGUGUUGGUCCCAAGCACCAGGUAUGACAGCCAUCGUAUGUUGUAACCUUUCCUGGCGUAUUGCUUGUAACCUUCUCCAAUUUGGUUUCACAUUGUUGAUCUUCCAUUGCACUGUACCCCUAUCACCUGUUGAUAUGUGUGUAUUGGUGGUUAUGUGGGCGCCCUGCAUCUGUACAGUACAGUUAGUCUUGCAUCAUGUGAAUUGCUGCUUUUGGGAGUGCUUUUGCUGGCUUGCAAAAUCGUGAAAGAUGUUUUCACUAGAUGAAUGGAAUCGAGCUUCCAGUUGA